AUGCCGUACUGGAAUCGGUCUUCUAAGCACAACCGGUCUCAACACAACUUGCUGGGGUCAUCGGUUGCUGAAGAACCUUCGCAAGCAACGUCCUCCGUUCCAUCAGGCGCGAGCCCGGGUGCGGGCGCUGCAAACCCCUCUUCAGCCUUGCCAAACUCGGCCUUCAGCUCUGGGUCCAACGAUUCUUUUCAGAUCGAUAACGGCGCCGCAGGACUAAACCUCGCACAGGCCUCACAGCCGCAGCCGUCGCACUUGGUGAAUAUUUACAACAAUCCCGCCAGCGGUCCCUCUCAUUUCGCUGAUCCUGUUCCGCAAUUGCAACAUUCUAACACGGUGACUGGUGUCGUUGAGUCUCGCCAGAGAGACCACGACUUCCAAGAUCAAGUGGCCCGGUCACACUCUCAUCGCUUCCCCCAAAUCUCACCGACCCAGGCCCAACAACAGCAGCAUACCAACACCUAUUGCCCCAAAACGGACAAGAACGAUAAGAAACAAACUUCCACUGACAAGACCCUCAGAUAG